CGAGGUAACCCACCAUUGCGGCUAAUUCUACGUGCGCAGCUAUGCUAAACAUUACCGCAUGUUCUUGUUGUCAACAUGCUAACCGGCGCGGAGCCGGGGCGUCAUGAGCCCCAACGAGCCGACGCAGCAAAGGCCAACGCGUGUCCGGGCUCCAAUGAGAUGCCGCUCAGCUAGCUGGCUGAAGAAGAGACGCUCCCCGUGUCCUCCACUGUCCGUGUCCCUGUCCGGCCCUCGGAGCGAGGAGGAAAUGACCCAACUGAGUGUCCGUCACUGGACGCCCAAACACGUCGCCAAGUGGCUGAAGGAAGAGGGCUUCUGUGACUAUGUGGACCUGCUGUGCAACAAGCACCGGCUGGACGGCACCAGUCUGCUCGCCCUCAGCGAGUACGACCUCCGCGCGCAGCCUCUGGAGCUCAAGGUGCUGGGGGACAUCAAGCGGCUAAUGGUGGCGAUCCGCAAACUUCAGAAACAGAACAUGGACGUGCUGGAGGAGCUCGGCCUUCCCUUCGACGGCCACUCUCCUACAGCCUCUGGUGGAAGUUCAGACUGGAUGUGUAACGGAGACUCGAUCAGAGACUGUGACAGCACCGACACAGCUCCGGUGGGAGAGGAGUAUCACCAGUACACCAAUGGAAAGUACAAGCAGCAGACCAGGCGUCUGGAUCCUGAGUACUGGAAGACAGGGCUCAGCUCCAUCUACGUGGUGUUUGUGUUUGGGUUCACAUCCUUUGUCAUGGUCAUAGUGCAUGAGAGGGUCCCUGACAUGCGCACAUACCCUCCACUGCCGGAUAUCUUCCUAGACAGUGUGCCUAGAAUACCGUGGGCCUUUGCCAUGGCAGAGGCGUGUGGCGUGAUCCUCUGCAACAUCUGGCUGCUCGUUCUGCUGCUGCACAAACACAGAUCCAUCCUGUUGCGGCGUUUGUGCAGCCUCAUGGGGACGGUGUUCAUGCUGCGCUGCAUCACCAUGUUUGUCACUUCCCUGUCAGUGCCAGGACAGCACCUGCAGUGCUCGGGAAAGAUAUACGGUGACAUGUGGGCCAAACUGCAGCGAGCGGUUGCCAUCUGGAGCGGCUUUGGGAUGAGCCUGACCGGAGUCCAUACUUGUGGUGACUACAUGUUCAGCGGUCACACUGUGGUCCUCACCAUGCUCAACUUCUUCGUCACAGAGUACACCCCACGAAGCUGGAACUUCAUUCACACGUUGUCCUGGGUCCUCAAUCUCUUCGGCAUCUUCUUCAUCCUGGCCGCACAUGAACACUACUCCAUCGACGUGUUCAUCGCCUUCUACAUCACUACCAGACUCUUCCUGUACUACCACACUCUGGCCAACACCCGAGCCUACCAGCAGAGCCGACGAGCUCGCAUCUGGUUCCCCAUGUUCUCCUUCUUCGAGUGCAAUGUCAACGGACCCGUCCCUAACGAGUACUGCUGGCCCUUCUCCAGACCUGCUGUGAUAAGGAGCAUGAUCGGAUAGAAGAAGAAAAAAAAAACAAGAGCAACAGCGGUACUGUCAGAAACUCUUAACCUGUGCUGUUUUGUCUGCUUUGUGAAGUUGCCAACUGAGGCGGUGUGUGAUGUCCUCACCAGGAAAGACAACCGAUGUCACCCCCAUCAAAACCGAGGCAUGAUGGGAUACACUUAGCCAUACCCUGUCAUAUUCUGGGACUACGCUACUAACCUGCUACCCCUACCACCAUUUUUAGGAGGAGAAAACUAAAUCUAUAAAACCCUGCCGAGCUUAAAAGCAAAAACACUUUCUGCCUGACUUGAAAACUGAAGGAGCGAACAACAUUUUUAUUCUGGUUACUCCCAGGUUACUGACUUAGUGUUUAGAUGGUAUGUGAAAGUAGGAAGACACUUCUAAAAAUUCUCAGGCAGCAGUGUAGCUAAUCCUUCCCAGCAGUUGCACCCGGGCCACACCGUGACAGCUGCGUCGCUGAUAAGUUGUGUCUCUUGUGAGUCUGUUGUGAAACCGCUUUGUGAGGUUUCAGGUCCAGGAAGGAAAACCAGCCUAGGUACUCAACUAAAUGUCAGGACUGUAUCUUAUGAAGCUGUGCAUCUUCUGGUCGUGCAAUAACAAUACAAACCAUGUUUAAAUAAAUUAAUGGAUUCAUGUGAGAGUGAUGCUACUUUGAAACAGGUCCAGGAAGUCUAGGAACUAGGCGAGGCCCCGAAGAGCAGUGUGGCUGCUCUAACCUUUAUAACAAGGCGUUUCCACAAUGCACCCGCGCCACUCCUGCAUCCAGUGUGGCCCUGGGUGUAAACCAUUCCUAGUGCAAUUAAAAAUCAUUUCAAGGUUUGGAUUUUGAUUCCUGACUGAAGGUUUUGUCUUCUCACUUUGUAAUUAAUCAGAACAUAACUCUGUGGACCACUGUUGAAGCAAUAUACAAAGAGCUAUCUGAAGUUAAUGCUCUUUUCCUGUAUAGCUUUCUUUCCAUCACGGUGAAAAGCAGAUGUUAUGAAUGUCUCCUGCAUUCCUCGAUACUACGCUUGCGUUUUGACAGUGUUGCUCAGUACUAAAAGAGAAAAACCACGGCUUAGAUUAACACACAUUGACUUAUUUGUUUUUAUUGUUCACGUAGCCUAUUUUCUCUUAACAGACCUAGAAGAGAUACAUUUAAAGAUGUCUCUAUCUGCCAAAUGCUUGGAAUUAAUUGUAUUUCCAGCGGUCUUAAGUAUUAUUCCAUUUGCCAAUUACCUUGAGUAUGCGAUAGCUCACCUGCUGUGUAGACAUAUUCCAAAUCUUACUAUGUUUACAGUCGGGUAGUUGGAUAGUGCUUUUUUAAAUCAUCAUACAUUGUAGAUGACCUGUAUACCAUUUGAGCUCACCCAGAUAGGACCCCCUUGAUAUUAGAUCUGUAGUAACGGUUCUUUAAAUAGGAACCCUUUCAUUUGUAGGUAUUUGUUUCUAUUAAUUUAUUUCAUUUUUGUAAAUGUGGAUAGGUAUUUUUAUAUUUCAUGUACAGUUGCAGCGACAUGCACAUAGAGAAAUGUUUACAGUUGCUCGUAACUUUUGUUUGAAACACAAUGUGCUAUUUAAGUGUGAUGUAGAUGUCAGAUUAGCCGCUGCAUUUCAUCCAUUGAUACUUGCCACUGCAGUAAAAUGUGUUGUUGCUUUGGUCAUUGCAGCACGUUAGGUACAUAAUAAUGUGAAUAAAGCUGACGUUUCUGUGAGGAAUGAUGAUGCUCUUAGGUUCUUAAUCGAAGCCACUUGAGUUGUUUGAUGUCUCGCUUGGUCAUUUCCAUCAUUAAAGUGCUGAAAUCAAA